AUUUUGUUUGUGGUUGUGGCCAGCUGGCUCAGGCUUUUUGUUAGAAGCCAGCGUUAUCUUUUAGUUGUUUUCAAAGUUUCUUUCGUAUUGGUAAGAAGGAAGGGCGGUGCGUUGUCCAAGGUUUCGGCCGGACUAGCGUAUCGUCCGUUCUUCCUAAACGCUAUUAUACCUGCUAAAUAGGUAAUUGCGACUUCCCACAAGUCCAACCUUGCUGGCGUUGAGUAAUUAAUUAUACGAGAUGACCCGUGGUAACCAGAGGGAUUUGGCUCGCGCCAAGAAUCAAAAGAAGCAGCAGGAAAUGCAAAAGAAAAAGAAUGCCAGUGAAAAAUCUGGCAUGUCUCUACAAGAGAGAAAACAUAGAGAUGCUGAACUAAUGAGAGAAAAGCAACGAAAAAAAGAAGAACAAGUAGCAGCAAAUGUAACUAACCAAAAACAAACUGCUAAUUAAAAAAAAAUGAAAUAUUCUUGACUGCUCCAUAUUAUGUUUAAUCACAUAACAUUUUGAGCUUGUUUGUUAAGAGCCGAAAUUGUUUACGUGAUAUAAGCAAUCCUAUAAAUUAGAAUAACAUUAAAAACUUGCAUUAAAGAGAGCCUAAUUUAAUUAUACUUAAACCCAAUAUAAAAUGUUAUUAUGUUAAAUGUUAAAGUUGGGAGUCUAGGAUUUCAAACAUGUAGGAUCUGAAAAACUGUUGUCUGUUGCUGUGAUUAAUAAAUCACAUUUACAGACACAUUGGAAAUAGAUUUGUCACAAUAAGUCUUAGCAUUUAUGCAAAUCUUAAUGUUAAUUUUGACUGAAUAGGUUUGUAUGUUUACUCAACUACCCAUUUUUGUACAAUAAAAUCUGAAAAGUA